GGCCCGGCGAGCGGAGCAACCGGUUUCACGCGCUUGGGGACCUGCUCCUUCCGCGUUCCGGUUAGGGAGCGGUGCGGGGCCGCGUGCGUGGAUGUGAUGUGGAUAUUUAGGUGACUUAACUACAGGAACAUCAAAAUGCCUAAUAUUGAAUAUCCAGCGUACCCAGCAGAUACACUGCUCCAGUUGGAAAGCUUGGUGCCUUGUCGAGAAUCCCAAGUGUCCACGUUGCUGUCAAUAUUUGGCGAGCGCCAUCAGUUUAGUUUUCCAUCCAUCUUUAUCUAUGGACAUACAUCUAGUGGAAAGACCUAUGUGAUGCAGACUCUUCUAAACACCUUAAAGCUUCCUCAUGUGUUUGUGAACUGUGUGGAACACUUUACUUCUCGACUUCUUUUAGAAGAAAUUCUCAUCCAGUUGCAGAAGUGCUCUGCUGAGACAGAGCAGACUUCUCAUGUGUCUUGUGAUAACUUCAAUGACUUUGUUCGUUUCUUUAAACAAUCUGUGGCGAAUAAAGAGCUUCAAGAUCAAACAUUAUACAUUGUACUGGAUAGAGCAGAACAGCUGAGGGAAAUGGAAGCAAACAUCCUGCCAGCAUUUCUUAGGCUUCAAGAGUUGACUGACAGAAAUGUGACAGUUGUCUUGCUCAGUGAAAUAGUAUGGGAACUGUUCCGUCCAAAUGCUGGAUGCUUUGAGCCGUUCACCUUAUAUUUUCCUGACUACAGCAUAGGACACCUGCAGAAGAUCUUGUCUCAGAAUCAUCCUUCAGAAUACUCUGGGGACUUCUAUGCUGCAUAUAUCAAUAUCUUGCUUGGUGUCUUCUACAUGGUCUGUAGGGACCUGAAAGAACUUCAGCAUCUGGCAAUGCUCAAUUUUUCUAAAUACUGUGAACCAGUAGUCAGAGGAGAAGCAAAUGAACGUGACACCCGCAAACUUUGGAAGAACAUUGAGCCUCAUUUGAAGAAGGCAAUGCAGACUGUUUAUCUCCGUGAAAUAUCUAGCACACAGUGGAAGCGCUUGCAGCACGACGAGGGAGAACUUGGGCAGCUGAAAGGACUUUCAGCACAUACACAUGUGGAACUUCCUUAUUACUCCAAAUUUCUUCUAAUAGCUGCUUACCUUGCCUCCUACAAUCCUGUUAGGACAGAUAAGAGGUUCUUUCUUAAGCAUCAUGGGAAAAUUAGAAAGACCAACUUCAUGAAGAAACAUGAAAAGACCAGCAAUCACCUCCUUGGGCCAAAGCCAUUUCCCCUGGACAGAUUGUUAGCAAUAUUAUAUAGCAUUGUGGACAAAAGAGUUGCUCCAACUGCAAAUAUAUUUUCCCAGAUCACCUCUCUUGUCACUCUCCAGCUGUUAUCCAUUGUUGGCCAUAAUGAUCAGCUUGAUGGACCACGGUACAAAUGCACUGUAUCUCUGGACUUCAUCAGAGCUGUUGCCCGGACCGUGAACUUCGACAUAAUAAAAUACUUGUACGAUUUCUUGUGAAAACAAGCUUCACAGCCAUAUGGACACUGUGACAAUGACUAAGGCAAGCUGUGUUCAUCUCUUUACUUAGCUGGCCAGAAAGAAGAGUAUUUUGGCUCUUUCGGAUUUGUCCAAACAGGUGCUGGCCCAGCAUGGAACGUGAUGAAAAUACUCUGAUUGGUCUGGGUGGAUCUGAGCAGAGCACUAUUUACCAGGGACCCUGGAGUAUUUGGAAGCAAUGUGUUAAUUAUAAACAGCAGGGUUUGAGCACAAUCUGUUCUACUCUUAAUGAUGUUAUCUUAACACUGAAAAUGCCUGAAACCCAUUUACUUAGGACUGCAUUUUGCUCUAUGAACUCUCCCCAGUGCUUUGAACAUGGCAGCAGCCCUUGUUUGUAUGCCCAGUCUUUUCACUUCCUCUCCACAGGAAUCUUUGCAAUUGCCUGCCAAAGCAGCUUUUCCUGAGGCCACCAUUUUAAGAGAGUGGAGUAGCAAAAUAUAAUAAACAUAAAAACAUUUAAAAUAAGCUAGUAUAAAUCCUUUUUUUCUCUUCAGCUGUAUGUAGGCAGACUGUUACACUGUUAUAUGGAGAUCACAAUGAUGGGAAACUCCCAACUAAUCACCAUACUGUCUUUUUUCAGACCAUUCAUAAAUGUUGACUAUGACUUUAUUUUAAGAAGCUUUAUUUUAAAACACAGUCAAUUCUUUCUGUCCCAGUGUCAAACUCGGAAGGUUUUUUUUUUACUUAAACAUCUCAUAGUCCUCUUACACUUACCUGGUUACAUUAAGUGCUAAUUACAAUGUUGUUUGGAACUAAGGUACUUUCAGAUAAACACUGUGUAAUGGUUUUUGUAACAGUAUCUGUCCUGUAGGGGAGGAUGGCACAGCUGCCUUUCCGUCAGAAAGGGAGAAAUUCAACAGGUGACAGAAUAUUCCUGCAGUAGUACCCCAAAAGAGGAGGAUCAGUGUGGUGUUAUAAUAUAAAACUUUAGCUUUGGAAGUAUAUGAUGGAAUAUGCUAGAAUUACAUUUGUCUUCAGUUUACAUGCAGAGGAUUCCCAAAUGCUGCUACUUUUAUGGGCAUUAAAAUACCCUGGUACAGUUUGAGAUUGUUGUCUUCAUGAAUCUGAAUAUUUCUUUCACUCUCUGGAAAACUCCAGGUCCCUCAGUCCUGGCAGUACAAGUCCAUGCCAUGUCCUGUGUUGAGCAUUACAGGCUUCUUUUUCCCAGGAAAAAUCACCAUUAUUUCCUUGUCUUGAACUGAUAUUGGAAAUUAUCAAAUACCUUGAACAUGUGUAGCUUUUUUUUCUUUGUUCUUUUUUUUUUUUCCCCCAACUGUUGGUGUGUGGCCAGGCUUCUGGAUUCAGAUCCAAAUGAAUGAAUUCCAGGUAAAUAAAUCUAAGUGACAAAAGCUUGUCUUUCUGGCCAAGUCUCUUCCCCCAUCAGGGGAGUGUGAAAGGGCAGCAAUGAGUCAUCUCCCUGAUCCCUUUCCCUUCCUGCCACUGAGCUAAAUCAGACCCUGCACCUGCCCAUGAGGUGGCAACAUUUGUCACUCUUACUGAAGUGUUUGGAUGCAAAUGCAUAACCUGUUUCAAAAUGUUGACUACCUGCUUUUUUUUUAUUAAUAAAAACGUACAAAAGGUGAACUUUGGACUGAA